AUUUAUUUUUACUUUAUUCCCAGAGCAAGAUUUAUUUUGACUUUAUUCCCAGAGCAAGUUUUUCUAAACAACGCAGAAAGUUCUUGCACUUUUAGUGCAUUGUUGGUUUUUAAUAAUGAUCAACGACACUCUUGCGUUUGGAGAACUGGACUCAAACGUGUCUCAGCCUCUGCAGCCUCUCUCUCUCAGCCACAACAACCACAGUGCGUUUCCUGGUCUCCGACUGGAGUCCAAGUCUCUGGUCACUUCGGCCACCAUGUUCGCAGUGGGAGUCCUGGGCAACCUCAUCGCCAUCAUCGUGCUGUGCAUCUCCAAGAAGGAGCAGAAGGAAACCACUUUCUACACUCUGGUGUGCGGCAUGGCCAUCACGGAUCUGUUGGGAACAUGCUUCACCAGCCCGGUUGUGAUCGCUACAUACGUGGUGAGAAGCUGGCCUGGAGGAGUUCUGCUGUGCCACUUCUUCUCCUUCUCCAUGCUCUUCUUCGGAUCAGCCGGCAUGUCCAUAUUGUGCGCCAUGGCUGUGGAGAGAUACCUGGCUAUAAACCAUGCGUAUUUCUACUCGCAGCACAUAGACAGGACCAUGGCACGCUUCGCUCUCCUGCUCGUCUACCUUGCAAACAUCGUGUUGUGCAUCAUGCCUAGUUUUGGUUUCGGGAGGCAUGUGAGACACGUCCCAGGGACUUGGUGCUUCUUGGACUGGAGAGCGAUGGAUGCGCUGGGAGCCUGCUACUCGUUCCUGUACGGCGGCGUGAUGCUGCUGCUGAUCGCGGUGACGGUGCUGUGUAACGUGUUGGUGUGCAGGUCUCUGGUGGGGAUGAACCAGAGGACCGGGAUCGUGAUGAGGACGGAGUCGUCGUCGUGUGAUCCGCAUCAUCAUCAGGGGGGGUCGAGGAGACGGUUCCCUCUGAGGCUGCCUUCAGUCGCUUCAGCUGCAGAGAUCCAGAUGUUCUGGCUGCUGAUCUUCAUGACCAUAGUGUUCCUGGUCUGCUCCAUACCGCUAGUGGUGCGGAUCUUCGUGAACCAGCUCUACGACCCUGCUUACAUCGCUGCUGGAGGUAAACCAGACUACCAGGGCGACAUACUGGCGAUCCGCUUCGCCUCAUUCAACCCCAUACUGGACCCCUGGGUGUACAUCCUGUGCCGGAAGAACCUGCUGCUAAAGGGCUGCGAGAAGUUGAAGAGGACAGUGGUCCGCGUUACGGACGGCCGUGGGGACAACAUCGGCUGGGUCGGAGGUCAACACUCGCCUCCGUCUCUGAACAGCAACGACACCAGCUACGCGUCAUUACGCACAGCCAGCUACAGGAACGAUGUGGAACACCAUCAGGUGUCCAACAGGAAUAAAUCCUUUACGGACUUCGCAAUGAGGCAAGCGUGGGAGUACGACACCGCCCGGGUCAACUUCCACCCGUUCAGCGUCGAGUCGACCGCAGUCCUCGGCUGAGAGGAAGAGGAAACAGCAGCAGCAACAGUUGACUCCAAACAGUCAGCUACGGAGGCCGAGUCGUCUCCAACGCCGCUCCUCUCUGCGCACGUUAGGAAAGUGGACAUUGUCACCUGCACAUUCAGCACACCGAGCUCAUGUCAGUCAGGGAAAUGCUUUUGAUGAACAUCUGUUAAACAUCACUCUAGAAACGUUUCAAAGUCGGGCAGCUGCUUCAUCUGUACAGCAAAAUACUUUUUAAUGUGAGAAAAGUCAACGCUGUCAGUGAUAAUAAACUCCGCACUAUGAUGAACACGUUUGAUGGUUUUAAACCACCAAAGAGCCAUGUCAGCUUUAACGGAAACAAACACCCACAAAUGAAUGAUGAUUGUAAAUCAAUUACUCACCUCCUGUUACCUUGAAUUACUGAAGAAAACUUUGUUUUUCUCGCAUUCCUCCACGGUGAACAAAGUCUUGGUGAAUUAAAGUAAAUGUUGCCUUUAACUACAGCAAAACUAACAUCAAAACAUCCGUUUACAAACUCUCACACAACUCGUGCAGUUUAUCCAGACGUAUAUGCUCAGUACUUCCCAAACACAUGCAUCUUCGCUAAAACCUGACUAUUUAAAACACUUCUGCAUAAACAGUCU